GAACUACUGAAACGUUCGCCGAUCUAUCGAGCAGACACCAAGGAUAUCGUGAGGGUGAGAAAGAAAUUGUAAGGUGUCAGUGACUUGAGUUUAGUCUUUCUACGAGUGUGAUAUUUGUCCUUAAUCGCUCGAUUUAUUAUUCAAUCUACUAUAUAAAUUGUUAAGAAGAUUUGUUUGCCAAUCGCUCAUUCUUUUGCGUACAAGUAUCUCCGUAUCGUUGCAACAACCGAGACUACUACUUCAAAUUGUUUGAAAUUGAAAUGCGGACACGGAUGAAUCUGGCUCGUUUCUUCUGUUGUUUGCUUGUCACCGUUAUCGGAAUGACGAUUGCCUGUGCCGAGACGGAGCCCAUGGCUAGAUUAACUAGAUUGCAGAAGACAAUCAGCUCAGACAUCCAGCUAAAGAGACUCGCUGAUUUCGUUAGAAAUUAUUAUGACACAUUCGGAAAACCAAGACAUGGCAAACGAAGUGAUGCUGCGCCGAUGAUGGAGCUGAAUGCCUCUUUCAAGACCCUGAAGAUGAUUCGGGAUGCGCAGCGGCAAAACGAACAACCAAGGCAAGAGAACAGGCAGAACAAAGAGCAAAUCCUGCUCCGCGACUUUCCGAGCUUGGACGCCGACGAGUAUACGUUGUACGACGCUACACGAUCUGGCUCUCGUCCGGAUGUAAUCGGCAAAUAUUACAACGAUGUAUAAUAAACAAUCCCCAAGCCGGUAAUGUCCUCCUCCUUCUAACAUCGAGAUUAAUUUCCUCUCGAUAUUGGAAUAAAUCGAAGUUCUCUAUCGUUCCGCAUAAUCGCAAUGCCUAUUGAUGUUAAAUUCCGCUUUUUUCUCUUUGUAGUUUAAUUGUUUGGAUAUCUCAUGAUACAUAGAUAAAAAUAAUAUGAUAUAUAGAUAAAGAGAGUAUAUUGGAAAAUGACGAGUUAGAAUGCUUUUUAAAGCGUUACGGAGGUGUAAUUUCUCGUUGAGAUAAAUGGAAAUUUACAUUGAAAAAUCAAUACCUGGAAUAAUGCUUGAAAUAAAUAAAAUUAUAUAAAAUUAUAUAAUAUAAAUUGACGUAUCACAAUUGUAAUCCUACUUAACUUUGCAUAAAUAUAAAUUUAACUUGUGCAAAAGUCUAUUGUUAAUAAUAUUUAAAAUGUAUAAUAAAGAUGAAUUUGAUUUAAACAUCUACUUUCAGAUGUAAUUUAAACAAGAAAUAAUGGAGAAUUAUAACUCGCUAAUUCAUUAUAAUACAAUAAUUAGAAAAUGAACGACAGCUUUCAGCAAUUAACAAGUUAUAAUACAAUGUGGCGGUACUGUUUGAUGAUAACGGUUCAUUAUUCUAUAAAUAAAUAAUUAUUGAC